GAAAAACUAGCGUGUAUUUGUAAGGUACAGUGCGUAGGUCCCAUCCGAGUCCCUACCCGGCCCUUAUCCGAUGUCCGAACACAUCCGCUGCCACUUUCUAAACAAGCUAGGAAUUCACCAGCGUGUCGAUUACCAAGGUAUCGAUCAUCUGCGAAAAUGCCUUCAUCGAUUAAUUGUGUUUAGGGAGCUAUAAUUCUGCUCUAAAUCCACAGUUGGUUGUAGACGCAAAUCAGUUAACCAAAAAAAAGCUAAGGCCACCAGCGACAACCCUCAAAGGCUAACAUUAACAUGGAUAAAACGCCACCUGCAUCAUCGCUGUCUCCAGAGGAACGAUCUUCCAUGUCUGCAAGGCUGAUCGCCCAAGCUCUCCAUUUUCGCGAUGCUUCAGUAGCAGACGUCCAGCCUCCCCUAUUCAGCAUACCUAAUACUCCUCCGAAGAAUGUCUCUCGUAUCGCAGAUGAUAUUCUCACUAAUGAAGAACUCAAAAUCACCUCGUUCGAUGCGCCGGAGUUGGUUAAGCUAAUACGCGAUAAGUCCUACACCUGCGAGGCUGUAACUCGAGCCUUCCUGCGUCGAGCUGCACUAGCACAGAAACUUGUCAACUGCAUCACCGAACUCCUUCCAGAGAGAGCCAUUGAGCGGGCGAGAUAUCUCGAUUCUCUCCCUGAGCCUAUCGGACCACUCCAUGGCCUUCCGAUAUCAGUUAAAGAACACCAAGGCAUGAAAGGAUGUACAACACAUGCCUCAUAUGUUGCAUUUAUUGGACAACAACAGGCCGUAGAUGUCAGCGUUAAUGACGUUCUCUGGGAAGCUGGGUGCGUUUUUUACGCACGUACCACCCAGCCACAGGCAGUUAUGCAGCUGGAAACAGCUUCUAAUAUAUAUGGAAUUACUCUCAAUCCUCACAAUACAGACUUAACCCCAGGUGGAAGCUCGGGGGGCGAGUCGGCAUUGAUUGCAAUGCGUGGCAGUGUACUUGGUGUCGGUGGUGAUGUUGGCGGUUCUAUCCGCUGUCCAGCAGCACAUACGGGCAUAUACGGUUUUAAGCCCACACCUGGUCGCCUGGCAAAAGUGGGAACAAAGCUAGCAAUGCUCGGACAAGAAGGAAUUCCGCCCACGCGAGGUCCCAUGUCUACGUCCCUGUCUGGAUUAUCACUAUUUAUGGAUGCGUAUCUGAGUUAUGAACCGUGGAUAAAGGAUGAUUAUCUUGUUCCAAUCCCGUGGAGAUCAGUUAAACUACCGCCUAAGCUCAAGAUUGCAGUAAUGUGGUCGGAUAGGAUCGUCACGCCACAUCCGCCGAUAACUCGAGCACUAAGAGAAGUAGCGAAGUCUAUCAGAGAUGCUGGGCAUGAAGUCGUAGACUGGGUUCCUGAAGAGCAUGAUGAAUGCUGGAACAUUACCCAAGCGCUCUAUUUUGAGGAUGGUGGCCGAGCAGAGGAUAGAGUUAACGCAGAAGGUGGCGAGGACAUGCUACCACUCACCGAAUGGCUGGUGAAGGAUAACCCAAACGUUAAGUAUCAGAGUAUUGAGUCGCUUUGUGCGCUCAAGGUCCGUCGCGAUAGAUACCGUCUCAAGUAUAACAAACUAUGGUUGAGCACAGGAAAAGAUGACGGGCACCCUGUUGACGCCAUCCUACUCCCUGCGGCACCUGGUUGCGCGCCACCCCAUGGUAACUCAAAAUAUUGGAGCUAUACAAGCCAGUGGAACAUGCUUGAAUAUCCAGGAGUAGGGUUCCCAGUGUCUGUCGUCGACCCAGAAAUUGACGUGAAGGAUACAACUUAUCUGCCGAUGAAUGAGCAGGACAAGUUCAAUUACGACUUGUAUUCUCCGGAGCAGUAUGUAGAUGCGCCGAUCGGUCUGCAGCUUGUGACGAGGAGGUUUGAGGACGAGAAGUGCUUGGCUAUCUUAAAAGUUAUUGAGCAAGCCAUGGGGAGGCCAUAGAUUAUGAGCGUUGAAUUCUACGUACGAGUUUUCAUUCCCCUUGUGGUUUAUGUGUAAGAUGGCGCGGUGCACAUAUUAGCAAGGCGAUCAGGAUAACUACUACCAGGGGUGAUAUUUAUUUACUUAUUGCCAAACAAAAC